UUUUGAAGAAAGAUAUUGUUUCUUUAGUCUCAAAACAAGAGACUAGGAAAGAUCCGAAACACAGAGCAGGAGUCCACAGGGGAACCUGCCCUGCCUCAGUAAAAAUAACAGUGUUGUUGCUGUAGGAAGACUCUCGGAUUCUACCCAAGGAUACUUCAUGAGAACGAACCCCUUCAGAGAGGCCCUACAAAACAGAUUAGAGGGAAGACAGAGGGGUCCAAGGGAGAUGGUCUCUCUUCUCAAGUAGGAGCACCCCAGCCUCAGACAGACACAGCAGGAAAGGGCUUGAGAGGCUGACAGAGGCAGGAUGGGUGCAAGGCAGGGGUGGAGGGGAGGGACCAGCCCGGGCUGCACCAGUGGGAGUGGCUCCACCCUUCCCAACUCAGAGCCAUGGGAAGCCAGGGCUCUGGCGGGGUGCCCUUGGUGCAGGCUCCCUACACAGUCCUGCUGCUGCCGCUGGGGACAAGUCGCCAAGACCCAGGGGCCCAGAGCUUCUUCCUUUGGCUGCGGAGGAUGCAGGCUCUGGAGAGAGAACAGGAUGCCCUGUGGCAGGGGCUGGAGCUGCUACAGCAUGGCCAGGCCUGGUUUGAAGACCAUCUGAGGGAGGCACAGCGAAAGCAGCUGCAUCUAGGGGCCCUUGGUGAGAAUUUUCUAACAGAUUUACACUCAGAGCCUGGUGGCCCCCGGUUAGCCCAGAUUCAAAAGGUGAACAUCUGUUUGCAGAACCUGAUUCAUGAGAAGUUCUCCCCAAGUCCACUGAACAAGGCUAGUUCCUGCACCACCCAGGAUUCAAAGAAAAGACGAAGGGAGCAGAACUUUUGGCAGCGACAGGAGUUGUCAAGGCAGCAGAAAGGAGUCACCCAGCCAAAGGAGGAGAUGGCUCAGCAGGGCUGCACCAAGGGGCCAAGAGGCCCUACCUGUGUCUAAACCCUCCUCUCACUCCCCUAAGCCUGGUGAAAGAGUCAGAAGCCCCAGGCUCCUUUUUUUGUUUCUUAACUCAACAGCUAAAAAAUGGCUCCAGGUAGUGAGUCAAUGAAGUUCAGACAUCUUGGUGUAAAGUUACUCCUCUGCUCCUGAAAACUUCAUCUUCUUGGUGUCUCAUGUCCUCAUUCUCCCCUAUAUGACAUGCAAAAAUAAUCUUUCUUUGAAAUCCCUCUGGGAAGAAGACAUGUUUAUUGAAACUGUCCUUCAGCCUUAAAUACAAAAAUAAAACCGAAGCUGCUCCAGAAAGCAACUUUCUCC